AUGGAUGCCUCAGGUGCGUUUGUGGGAGUUUCACUGGAAGGAAACAUUGUUGCGACAAGGAUGGAUACAAAUCUUCAGUUUUAUGGUGAUCCAUACCUUACUACAGCUAAUAUCCUUCUUCGGACUGUGGAUAGACCGAAGGCUGCUGAACCAGUUAAACUUAAGCAUUUUCAUUCUAUGCCAUCGAAAUCCCCCCUCUUUUGCUCUGCUUCAUUGUCUCUAACAGAUUCUGACUCUGGGCCUCCGUCGAAAAGUAAUGAUGACUCGGGGGUGAUGUCUCAGUCGAAGACUCAGAAUGUGAGUAGUAGUCGGGCGGGGGCAGAAGAGAGGGUUUUAAUAAGUGAGGUGCUGGUGAGGAACAAGGAUGGGGAGGAACUCGAGAGGAAGGAUUUGGAGAAUGAGGUACUGAAUGCAUUAAAAGCUUCGCGGGCAAAUUCAGCGCUCACUGUGCGCGAGGUCCAGGAAGACGUGCACAGGGUUAUUGCUAGUGGGUACUUUAGUUCUUGUAUGCCUUUGGCUGUGGACACCCGGGAUGGCAUUUGCUUGGUUUUUCAGGUAGAACCAAAUCAAGAGUUUCAAGGAUUGGUAUGCGAAGGAGCUAAUGUUCUCCCAUCAAAGUUUAUUGAGGAUGCCUUUCGGGAUGGAUACGGAAAAGUUGUUAACAUCAGGCGCUUAGACGAUGUUAUAAGCUCCAUUAAUGGUUGGUAUAUGGAGCGGGGUCUUUUCGGCAUGGUUUCAGGCGUGGAGAUUCUCUCAGGAGGUAUUAUUAAGUUACAGGUUUCAGAAGCAGAAGUCAAUAAUAUAAACAUACGUUUCCUUGAUAAGACCGGUGAGCCUACUAUCGGGAAAACAAGGCCAGAAACAAUACUUCGGCAACUCACUACGAAGAAGGGACAGGUCUACAGUAUGAUUCAAGGGAAAAUAGACGUCGAUACAGUAUUAGCAAUGGGUAUAAUGGACGAUGUUAGUAUUAUUCCCCAGCCAGCUGGAGAAACUGACAAGGUUGAUUUGACAAUGAAUGUUGUUGAGCGUAAAAGUGGAGGAGGAAUCUCUGGUGGUGGAGGAAUUUCAAGUGGAAUAACAAAUGGGCCUCUAGCUGGACUAAUUGGAAGCAUUGCUAUUUAUCAUAAAAAUCUGUUUGGGAGGAACCAAAAGCUUAAUCUUUCAUUGGAGAGGGGACAGAUUGAUUCAAUAUUCAGGAUAAAUUACACUGACCCUUGGAUUGAAGGAGAUGAUAAGAGGACAUCUAGAGCAAUCGCAAUUCAGAAUUCAAGAACCCCUGGAACACUUGUUCAUGGAAACCAGCCCAGCAAUAAUAGUCUGACUAUAGGACGUGUUACGGCUGGGAUUGAAUACAGCAGGCCAUUCAGCCCAAAGUGGAAUGGAACAGCUGGGCUUAUUUUUCAGCGUGCUAGGGCUCAUGAUGAUAAGGGAAAUCCUAUUAUAAGGGAUUUCUAUGGCAGCCCGCUUACGGCAAGUGGAAAUACUCAUGAUGAUAUGCUACUUGCUAAACUCGAGACAGUAUAUACUAGUUCUGUUGACCCUAGGUCUUCAAUGUUGGUGUUCAACAUGGAUCAGGGUAUCCCUGUGUUGCCAGAAUGGCUAAUUUUUAACAGAGUGAAUGCUCGUGCCAGGCAGGGUUGGGUUGUUGGACCUGCAUGUCUUCUCUUUAGCUUCUCAGGCGGUCAUGUGGUGGGUAAAUUUCCUCCCCAUGAAGCAUUUGCAAUUGGUGGAACCAACAGUGUGAGAGGAUAUGAAGAAGGCGCUGUAGGAUCAGGCCGGUCUUAUGUGGUUGGAAGCGGAGAAAUUUCAUUGCCGCUGAGGGGGCCAGUAGAGGGGGCUAUAUUUGCAGACUACGGAACUGAUCUUGGUUCAGGCUCGUCUGUUCCAGGUGAUCCUGCUGGGGCAAGAAAUAAGCCUGGAAGCGGAUACGGAUAUGGAGUUGGUAUUCGUGUGGACUCACCUCUUGGGCCUCUAAGACUUGAAUAUGCCUUCAAUGAUCGGCGAAAUGGGCGAUUUCACUUUGGAAUUGGCCUAAGGAACUAA